UUAGCUUUCUCAUUCAGCGUUUUAGAAUCGCAGACGGACGCCUAGUUGAAAACCAAUAGAUGGGCACGAUUUUACUACGAAAAAUCAAUAUUUAAGUCAACUUAUUAUUUGUGAACUGUUUGGAGUGGGACUUUUCAACAUGAAUUACACAGAGUCCAGCCCACUGGCAGAAUCAACUCUAGCAGGUUUUAACUCUGAGUUGGGAAGCGUCACACCUGUGCCUUCCAAUGAGACCACUUGUGAGAACUGGAGAGAGGUCCAUCAUCUGGUGUUUCAUGUAGCAAACAUUUGUUUAGCAGUUGGUUUGGUGAUUCCAACCACUCUUCGCCUCCACAUGAUCCUUCUUAGAGGGAUGUUGUCUAUAGGGUGUACCCUUUAUGUAGUCUGGGCCACUCUCUACCGAUGUGCCUUGGAUAUAAUGAUCUGGAACUCGGUGUUCUUGGGUAUCAAUAUUUUGCAUCUUUCAUAUCUUUUGUACAAGAAAAGACCGGUCAAGAUCGAAAAGGAGCUGGGUGGUGUCUACCACCGAUUGUUUGAACCACUCCGUGUCCCUCCUGAUUUGUUCAGAAGGUUAACUGGACAGUUUUGUAUGAUCCAGACCUUGAAAAAGGGCCAGACGUACGCCACCGAGGAUAAAACCUCAGUUGAUGAUCGUCUUAGUAUUCUCCUAAAGGGGAGAAUGAAGGUCUCCUAUCGAGGACAUUUUCUGCAUAACAUCUACCCCUGUGCCUUUAUCGAUUCCCCAGAAUUUAGAUCAACCCAGAUGCACAAAGGGGAAAAGUUCCAGGUCACCAUUAUUGCAGAUGAUAACUGCAGGUUUUUAUGCUGGUCAAGAGAAAGACUGACUUACUUUCUGGAGUCAGAGCCUUUUCUGUACGAAAUUUUUAGAUAUCUUAUAGGAAAAGACAUAACAAAUAAACUCUACUCACUGAAUGAUCCUACCUUAAACGAUAAAAAAGUUAAGAAGCUGGAGCCGCAGAUGAGCCUGUGCACACAGAUCACCAUGCUGGAGAUGAGGAACAGCAUCACCAGCUCCAGUGACGGCGAGGAUGGCCUCCACCACUUUCUGCGGAGCUCCUCCAGCACGUCUUCUCUCCCUGUGUCCUCCCCGCAGCAUCGAACCUCUGCCAAGAUGAAGCCGAUAGAGGAAGGGGCGGAAGACGACGAUGAGGUCUUUGUGCAGGUGUCCGCAGAUACACUUAAAACCCAUCGGUUGCACUGAUGAGCGUUUAAGUGACCAAGACGGGAGCUUCCUGAGGAGAAGUACCACGCUCUGCUGUGACUUUUAGGUGGUUUGCUUCUGUCCUGCCAGAUGGGAAGUGAGGAAGGGCCGUGGUCAGAGGUGUGUGCUGCUUGUCCUGGCAGUCAGCUCCUCAAGUUAGCUGAGCCUUCUGACUAGGCCUUGCUCUAUUUUGAGAUACGUAUUUUCUCAGUAGAUAUAUUAAUAUUAUUUUAACUAAUCUUAUAGCUGUCAACACAAAUGCCUUUUCACUUAUUUUUCUAAGUGUGGCUCUGUUUUCCUCACAUGCAUUUUUUUCUCUGUCAUGGUAAUUUAGAACGAGUUGUUCUUUUGAUCAUUUUAACAGUGUAAGUCGAAAUUGAGGCUGACAUGACAUUAAAAAUUUUACCUUUCGUUCA